AGGCUGCGCUCUGGGCGGCAGUCGGGAGGAAGGCAGCUGGACCCAGUCAUGGAGCUCAGCGUCCUUCUCCUCCUUGCUCUCCUCACUGGACUCUUGGUUCUGCUGACCAGGGGCCACCCGAAGGCCUAUGGCCGCCUCCCGCCGGGUCCCCGUCCUCUGCCCUUCUUGGGGAAUGUUCUUCAGAUGGACAGGAAUGGCUUACUCAAAUCCUUCCUCAGGCUCCGGGAGAAAUAUGGGGAUGUCUUCACAGUGUACCUGGGGCCAAGGCCCGUGGUCAUGCUGUGUGGGAUAGAAGCCAUACGGGAGGCCCUGGUGGACCAAGCUGAGGCCUUCUCCGGACGGGGGAAAAUUGCUAUAGUUGAGCCCAUCUUCCAGGGCUACGGUGUGGUCUUUGCCAACGGGGAACGAUGGAAGGCCCUUCGCCGAUUCUCUCUGGCCACCAUGAGGGACUUCGGGAUGGGGAAACGGAGUGUGGAGGAACGGAUUCAGGAGGAGGCUCAGUGUCUGGUGGAGGAACUACGGAAAACCCAAGGAGCCCUCCAGGACCCCACCUUGUUCUUCCACUCCAUGACCGCCAACAUCAUCUGUUCCAUUGUCUUUGGAAAACGCUUUGGCUACAAAGACCCUGAAUUCCUGCGGCUGCUGGACCUGUUCUACCAGUCCUUCGCGCUCAUCAGCUCCUUCUCCAGCCAGGUGUUCGAGCUUUUCCACAACGUCUUGAAGUACUUUCCUGGUGCCCACAGGCAAGUCUACGACAACCUGCAGGAAAUCAACGCCUUCAUUGGCCGCGUCGUGGAGAAGCACCGUGAAACCCUGGACCCCAGCUCCCCCCAGGACUUCAUCGACGCCUACCUUAUCCGCAUGGACAAAGAGAAGGCUGACCCCAGCAGCGAGUUCCACCAGCAGAACCUCAUCCUCACGACACUCUCCCUCUUCUUCGCGGGCACGGAGACCACCAGCACCACGCUCCGCUACGGAUUCCUGCUCAUGCUCAAAUACCCCCACAUCACAGAGAGAAUCCACAAGGAGAUUGACCAGGUGAUUGGCCCACACCGCCUUCCAUCCCUUGAUGACCGAGCCAAAAUGCCAUACACGGAUGCCGUCAUCCACGAGAUUCAAAGAUUCGGGGACCUCAUCCCAAUUGGCGUGCCCCAUAUGGUUACCAAAGACACUUGCUUCAGAGGGUACAUCAUUCCCAAGGGCACUGAAGUAUUUCCCAUCCUGCACUCUGCUCUCAAUGAUCCACGUUACUUUGAAAAACCGGAUGUCUUCAACCCUGACCACUUUCUGGAUGCCAAGGGGGUAUUGAAGAAGAAUGAAGCUUUUAUCCCCUUCUCCAUAGGGAAGCGCAUCUGUCUUGGUGAAGGCGUUGCCCGCAUGGAAUUAUUCCUCUUUUUCACCACCAUUCUCCAGAACUUCUCCGUGGCCAGCCCUGUGGCCCCUGAAGACAUUGACCUCACACCCCGGGAGAUCGGUGUGGGCAAAGUGCCCCCUGUGUACCAGAUCAGCUUUCUGUCUCGUGAAGGGUGCUGAGGGUGGGGGGGGAGUCAAAGAAUCCCAGGAUCACGAAGUAUCCCACCUCUGCAGAGAACAGCUCCUUGCCUCUCUCUGGGUCUUCCUGCCAUGAAGAGACCCACAGCCAGCCAGCACCAUCCCCUCCUUGGUGCCACCGCCCUGGGAAAGUCCUCUCUGCCACCUCAUCUCAGCCCAUCAUUCUCCAGCUCUUGUAAAGACUCGUUGGAAGUGUUUUCUCUCCUUUGUUAACAGAGUUCUGGAUGUACUGCGUAUAUAAAAGCUGGGGGCUAAGAGGGAAGACACGGCUCCCUUCUACCUCCCAAGCCACGGCUUCCUCCAGUGACUACUCCCUUCCUCAGAACUACCACCCGCUCCUAGCAACUGUUUGUGCUCCAUGAUCUGUGCGUACAUGAUCUCACUUGAAUCUUCCUUCCAGUAUUUCCAUGGGGGUGGGUGUGAUGAUCGCGUCCAUCUUACAGAUGAGUAAACAAAGGCCAGGCACUAGCAUCCGUUGUCCCAGGUUGUAUGGCUGGGAGUGGAAGAGCAAGAUUCACACUCCAUCUCCCUGGCUCUCAAACUCAAAUUCUUCAGCCGGUCCUGCCCAACUAACCCCCAAUAUAUUUUUAAAUUAUGGUGAAAUUAACAUAACAUAAAAUAAAGUGUUUUAAAGUGUA